CUUUUUCCCGCGUGUUUGCGGCUUUUGCAAACUCUACUCCAUGUACGGCCAGCACUACCGCCCCCGUCCCUCCGGCGGCCCUCGUGGGCCGGCGCAACCACCAGCACCACCACUUCCUCAGUACUUUCCCCUAAACCCCAACCCUUACAUCCAAAACCCAAUCCCUUACACCCAAAACACUAACCCCUUCCUCCAAAACCCUAACUUCCAAUCAUCUCAGUCUUCUCACCUCCAAAACCCCACCUUUCCACUCCAAAACCCUAAUCCCUACCUCCAAAACCCUAACUUCUCCUCUCAGGUUUCUCACCUUCAAAACCCAACUUUACCUCUCCAACAGUUCCCCAACUCUUGCUUCCAACCUCAAAGUUCCACUUCGAAACCAAGCGAAGCCCGCGAGAGGAUCGACUGUGCUGUAGUAAAGGCUCAUCGCAAUCUUCUAGCCGUUGGUGAAAGCGUCUCGGCAUGGAAAGUCUCCCAGUCUGCGCUGUUAUUUCUCCAAGUCGAUUCAUGGAGCUCUCUGGGGUUUCAGAUGCAGGAAAUUCCUUCACUGAAUCGCCUUAUGGUGACCGAAGGAAAGGUCAACGCUUUUAUUCAUUGCUUCGUUGGGGUUCGGAGAAUUACGUCGCUGUAUGAUUUGAAAGCUGCGAUUUGCAAGAAUGAGGGUGUUGAAUGUUUUGAAGAACUUGAGAUGGGUCCUUUGUUGCGACACCCACUUGUGGUGCAUUACUUUCUAGUUCCUUCAGAUGCAACGGAGAUUGCUAAAAUAACUAGUGAGGAAAUGAUAUUGUACCUUGUGGAGUUUAUGGAUACUUGCAAGGAUAAAGAUAUUGGGGCCGAGGAGUUCCUGGACUUCAUUGCUACAAAAAAAUCGAUUACCCCUAGGGAAAAGCUUGGUGUGCGGAUUCAGAGCUUGAGGAUGCAUAUUAUUUCCAUUCGGGAAGCGAGGAAAGCAGAAGAUGCCACACUUACGAAAUUUAAUAAAGAGUUGAAAUCUACUGCUGGAAACCAAAUCAGGAAGGUCAAGGUUGAUAUACCACAAAUUUCCGUUACUCAUUCUCAGAAGAAGGAUUUUGACAAACGAUUCAAUGCUAUAACUCAGCGUAUGAAGUCAUUCUCCUCUGUAAAUAAGGAUUUUCGUGGCAAGCACAUUACAUUUGUUUCAUCUAGUUCAGAACAUGAAAGUGAUGAUGAUAAUAGUACUGAGGAUGAUGAGGACGAGAACAAUCUGAGCAAUCAGAGCUCGAUUUCUCGAAGUGGACAAUGUAAUGAUCAGCGUGCCAGCAGAUGUCCUUACCCAUCAGCAACUGAAGAAAUGACAAGACUUGGUCUCAAAGCUGAAAUGGAUGGUGAAUCAUUUGCUGCUGAUGAGAGUAAAAAGUCAGCUGGAAGGAAAAGGAAACAAAAUGUCAGUAACUCUUUGCCCCAAAAGCCACCUAAAAGAGGAAAGGCGAAGUUGGAUGAGUCCGAGCUGGAACUUCCUAUCCAAGAAAGCAGCAGUAAAAAGGACCUUGUGAUUGAGGAUAAGGUUGAUAAUCAUUUGCUGCCUGAUGAUGCAGUUCGUAUGUUUAUCACUACCUGGAAAGAGGCUUGUCGGGAGCUUUCUGUUUCUCAGGUUUUAGACAAGAUGGUGGACUUCUAUCACUCAACAGGCCGGCGAAGAAAGUUAACUAAAUCGAUGAUCUCAUCAUACCCAUUUAUUGGAUUACUGAAUGUAGCUAUUAGAUCUGUUAAAAGUGGAAUGUGGGAUAGCCUCUAUGACACUUUCCAAUCCAUCAGUCAGCAGAGAUUUAUUACAGCAGAUUCUGAUCAGUUUAAUGACUUUGAAACGGAAGAUUUUGGGCCAUCUGAAAAAGAUGCUGUAUCUGGCAGUAACCAUAUUUCUGAACUUGAUAUUAGUGUCAAUGUUGAGGAUAUUGUGAGGAAAAUUGCUUCAUAUUAUGAGUUGAAUGGAGCUAUUCAAAGGGAGGGAAAAACUGGUCUUGAAAUGCAAAUAAUAUGGUUGAGAAAACUUCUUAGUUGUGAGAAAUGGUUAACAGAGCAGUUUUCUGUUAAGGAAUUUGGUUCCCUUGGUCAUGGGGAGUUUCUGAUGUUCUUAGAAAAACAUGUUGCUCUGUUACCUAAUGAAUUACAUGAAAGUUUUGCUGGUGGCUUGAGCAAAGAAUCCUCUUUGAAGGUAUCAAUGCUUCAGCGUCAGUUGGCUGUAUUACUGUCACAAGCUGCUAGUUGUUUUUGGGAAAAUGACAGUAUAUCCAAGCAGCAGAUUUCGGUGCUUCUUAAGAGGCAAUUUCCAUUAAUCAGUUUUGAAAUAACAGGGGGUGAACCCACAGAAGAUCUUUUAGAAGGCAUGACAAAACAGAAAAGCAGUGCCGCUUCCAGUUGUGUUGUAUUUUCUGUAACGCUCUCAGGGACAUGCUGUAUAGGAAACCCAUUGGUUCACAGUGAGAAACAGUUGCAGGAAACUGCUGGAAUGAUGGAUGAUUUGGGCUGGAGAGUGGGCAUUCUUGGACCUGUUACAGCCAAGGAUGCAGUCAGAUGCUUACUUAAAGCACCAUUUCUUUCUGAUGUACAGUCAUGGUCACAUUGGGACCUUGUAUUUGCUCCUAUGCUUGGAUCGCUCGUGGAAUGGUUGUUUACUGUAGGUGAUAACAAAGAUUUGUUGUGUUUAGUGACUAGAGAUGGGAAAGUUCUACGUAUUGAUCCUUCAGCUACUGUGGAUGGGUUUUUGGAGUCCUUACUUAAAGGUUCCUCUUUUCAAACCGCAGUGAAAUUAGUAUCUCUAUUUGCUUUCUAUGGUGGGGAGAGACAUAUUCCCAGUUCUCUGUUAAAAUGCUAUGCAAGCCGUGCAAUGGAAGUCAUGGUAAAAAAUAAUGUAGAUUCCCCAGAAGUUAAACAUGGCGGUGAUUUUUUCAUGCAUGGAAAGGCUCUAGAAGGACAUCAUAUUCUUGCUGAAAAAUCAACCAGUAACCCACUCGUCGUGGAGCCUCCAGGUGCUAAUCUACAUGUUAUGGCAGGUAGUGAACUAUUCGAUGACAUGUCAAGAGUAAACAAAGCAGUUCCAGUUGCUUCAAGGUUUAUCGUUGAUUGUCUUGGUUAUCUACCUUCAGAGUUUCGCUGUUUUGCUGCUGACGUAUUGCUUUCCGCGCUUCAAUCUGUUACUAAAGAUGCUGCUAUAGCCAUUUUACGCGAAUGCAACAAUACUGAUCAGCGUCUUAUGCUUCAUGAUUUGGGGUUAUCUCUUGGUAUUGUGCAAUGGAUUGAAGAUUACCAUGCAUUUUGUUCUACAGCUGCUACUGAUUUAGUCAUGUCCUCUGGUACGUCAAGCUUGAAAGCAGUAGGUGGUGCAGUUGGCACAGAUUUAAAGUGUACACCAGAUGUUUCAGGGAAUCUGCCCCCUUAUGGCAGGAACAUUAUGGUUACUUCUGAGACAGAUAGUCAAAUUCAUGAUACGAUGGAUCAUAAGGUGUUCUUGGAGCAGUCUAGUGAUGAUUGCACCCGACUUCAAUCAAAACAUUGCGAGGACCAGGAUGCCAACCUUAUUAUUGAAUCUAUUAGGUGUGAGGAAUUUGGGCUAGAUCCAUGUCUUACUCAUUCUGAGAUUAGUAUACUAAAGAAGCAGCAUGCUCGCCUAGGGAGAGCACUCCAUUGUCUCUCACAAGAGUUAUAUUCGCAGGAUUCACAUUUUAUUCUUGAGCUGGUUCAGAAUGCUGAUGAUAAUAUGUACCCCAAAUAUGUGGAACCAACACUAGUUUUUAUUCUUCAGGCUACUGGCAUUGUUGUUCUAAAUAAUGAGCAAGGAUUUUCUGCUGAAAACAUCAAAGCACUAUGUGAUGUUGGGAAUUCGACAAAAAAAGGAUCAAAUGCUGGAUAUAUAGGGCAGAAAGGGAUUGGAUUCAAAUCAGUAUUUCGGGUCACUGAUGCUCCUGAGAUUCAUUCAAAUGGGUUUCAUGUGAAGUUUGAUGUUAGUGAGGGUCAGAUUGGUUUUGUUUUGCCCACGGUUGUUCCUCCUUGUCAUGUUGAUGUGUUUAGUAGGUUGUUGUGCUGUGAAACCAAUACUACCAGCUGGAACACUUGCAUUGUUCUUCCUUUCAGGUCAACGCUGAUAGAGGGAAUGGGUAUGGGAAGUAUCAUAUCAAUGUUUUCAGAUCUUCAUCCGUCCUUACUGUUAUUUCUUCACAGGCUUCAGUGUAUAAAGUUUAAGAACAUGCUUGAUGAUACACUCAUAGUCAUGAGAAGAGAAACUAUAGGGAAUGGCAUAGUCAAAGUUUCUCAUGGGAAAGAGAACAUGUGUUGGUUUGUAGCAACUCAGAAGUUGCAGGCUAAUGUUUUUCGCUCUGAUGUGCAAACUACGGAAAUUGCCAUAGCCUUCACUUUGCAGGAAUCAGACAAUGGAGAUUACAAGCCAAAACUGGAACAACAACCAGUUUUUGCUUUUCUUCCCUUGAGAACUUACGGUCUCAAAUUUAUUCUUCAAGGUGAUUUUGUUCUGCCUUCGUCUAGAGAAGAGGUUGAUGGAGAUAGUGCCUGGAACCAGUGGUUGCUGUCAGAGUUUCCUCAUUUGUUUGUUAGUGCUGAGAUGUCUUUUUGUGCCCUUCCUUGUUUUUGUGAGAGUCCAGGAAAAGCUGUUGCAGCUUAUAUGAGUUUUGUUCCGCUUGAUGGUGAGGUUCAUGGUUUUUUCUGUCAUCUUCCUCGGAUGAUUAUUUCCAAGUUACGCCUGUCAAAUUGUUUGCUUCUGGAGGGAAAUGCCAAGGAUUGGGUUCCUCCUUGCAAAGUUCUAAGGGGCUGGAAUGAACUAGCUCAUACUAUCUUACCUCAAACCUUGCUUCAGCAGCAUCUUGGGCUGGGUUUCUUAGAUAAGGACAUAACUUUGUCCAAUCCUUUAGCGAAGGCUUUAGGUAUUGAGGACUAUGGAGCCAAAGUCUUAAUUGACAUUAUAUCAUCCAUUUGUCAAACAGAUAAUGGAAUUGAUUCAUUGGGCUUGAAUUGGUUAUCAUCAUGGAUAAAUGCUCUUUAUACUAUGUUGGUCCAGUCUUCAGUGCAAACUUCUCUCAAUGUUGUCGUAGAAUCAGAUCUUAUGAGAAGACUGAGGGAAAUUGCAUUUAUUCCGCUUUCAGACGGUACCUAUGGCUCAGUGGCUAAAGGUACAAUUUGGUUACCAUCUGAUGCUUUUAGCAAUGGAUUUGAAGGUGAGCAUUGUAUCGAUACUUUCGGAAGAUUAUAUGCGGCACUCCGUACUGUGAGGCUUGGUCUCCUGAGUGCAGCUGGUGUAAAUACCUAUAGCUUGGAAGAGAUAUCAGUAGACAAUAUUGUGAGGAUGCUUCAAACAAUUGGUGUCCAGAGGUUAACUGCACAUGAAAUUAUCAAAGUGCAUAUCAUACCGGCCAUAUGUGAUGAUGGUAUCAUGGAUAGAGACAAUAAUUUGAUGACAGAAUACCUAUCAUUUGUAAUGCUCCACCUUCAGUCUGGUUGCCUUAGCUGUCGUGUUGAAAGGGAGAACAUAGUCUCAGAAUUAAAAAAUAGAGUUUUUGUUUUGACAAAUCAUCAUGGCUAUAAACGGACUACUGAUGUAUCAAUUCACUUCAGCAGAGAGUUUGGGAAUCCUGUUGAUAUGAAUAAGUUGUUUGGUGCUUCAGAUUUUAAUUGGUGUGAGGUUGACAUCAUGUAUUUGAAACAUCCUAGUACCAUAUCGUUAUCAUCUGGACUGACAAAGUGGAGAGACUUCCUUCAAGAAUUAGGUGUUACUGAUUUUGUGCAAACAGUUCAGGUUGUGAAGAAAGCUACUGAUAUAUCUCAUUCAUUUUUAAUGAAUAUGCUGAGUGAUGGGGACCUUAUUUCCUGUGUGUCAGUAAUUGAGGAUUGGGAAUCUCCUGAACUGGUCCACUUACUAUCUAUGCUGUCAUCACAUAAUAACCUAGAAAAGUGUAAAUGUCUCUUGGAAGUUCUUGAUGACAUGUGGGAUGAUUGUUUUAGUGACAAAGUGAUGGGUCACUGCAUGUUUAAAACCACCAAGGAGAGCAAACCCUUCAAGUCUUCAUUCAUGAACAGCAUUUGUGAUAUUCAGUGGGUGGUAUCCAGUAUGAAUGAAAAGCUUCAUUAUCCUAAAGAUAUAUUCUAUGAUUGUGAAGCAGUACGUUCAAUUCUGGGGGCUUGUGCUCCGUAUGCUGUUCCUAUGGUAAGGAGCAAAAAGCUCAUAAGUGACAUUGGAUUUAAGACUCAAGUUACCCUCAAUGAUGCAUUGGCAGUCCUUCAAGUCUGGACAAGAGCUGCUACUCCUUUCAUGGCCAGCAUUUCACAGAUGUCCAAAUUUUACUCCUUCAUUUGGGAUGAAAUAUCUACAUCAAAAGCAAAAAUUGCUGGGAACUUCUCUUCAGGACCCUCUAUAUUUGUUCCAUUUGUCUAUCCCUGCAAGCAGGACGAUAUUGUCCGUGGUAUGUUUUUGUCUCCUGAAGAAGUACAUUGGCAUGACUUGACUGGUUCUGUGAAUCGAAUAGAGGAGGUGCUUCAGCAUGGCUCAAUAGUUCGGACUAACUGUCCCAUAAGCAAGACACUAUCUCAUCUCUAUCCAAACCUGCAUGAUUUUUUUGUCCAUGAAUGUGGAGUCUGUGAAACACCUUCCUUCCAUGGAUACCUUCAGAUUUUGCUGCAGUUGUCAAGCGUUGCUUUGCCUUCGCAAGUGGCUAAUGCAGUUUUCUGGAUACUUUUGAAGUGGGCUGAUGAUCUCAAAUCAGGAUUACUGGGUCCAGGAGAUGUUUCUUACUUGAAAGAAUGUCUCCUCAAAUUGGAAAGCACGGUGCUUCCCACCAUGCAAGAUAAAUGGGUUUCCCGUCAUGCGAGUUAUGGCUUUGUAUGUUGGUGUGAUAAUGAUGAAUUAAAGAAGCAGUUUAAGCAUUCUGACCAUAUUGACUUUCUGUACUUUGGUGAACUUAGCGAUGAAGAAAAAAAAAUGCUUCCAGCAAAACUUGCUCCGCUGAUGCAAACUAUAGGCGUUCCCUCUCUUUCGGAGGUUGUAGCUCGUGAAGCAAUAUUUUAUGGUAUGGAAGAUUGCAGAGAGAAAGCCUCAUUGGUGGACUGGGUUCUUCCUUAUGCACAACGCUUUAUCUACAAAUUACACCCAGAAAGAUAUUUUGAAUUCAAGCAGUCUAACUUCGAAAAUCUGAGUCGUCUUCAAAUUGUUGUCGUUGAAAAGUUGUUUUAUAGGUAUACCAUAAAGGGAUGUGACAGUGCAUCCAAAAAGCGAUUCGAGUGUAGCUGUCUUCUACAGGCGAACAUUUUGUAUGUGAGACGAGAUUCAGACCCACACUCCAUAUUCUUGGAGUUCGGUCGGCUCUUCUUUGAUGGAGCUCCUGAACUACACUUUGCUAAUUUCCUUCACAUGAUCACAACUAUGGCAGAGUCAGGAUCCACGGAGGAGCAGAGGGAAUUUUUUAUUCUCAAUAGUCAGAAGGUCCCUAAGAUUCCUGAAGAAGAACCUGUCUGGUUCCUUUCCUCACUUCAGGAAGAUGAGACUUCCCAUUUAACUUGUACUUCUGCAAUGGCUGCUGAGCCGAACCCAUCAAAAUCCAAGCGGAAACCAGGCAUUAACUCAAACUGGCCACCUGCUGAUUGGAAUAAUGCACCAGAUUUUGCUUUUGCUCGUCGUGCCUAUCACUUUAAGACAAAACCAUCAGUACCUCCGAAUAAUGGCAGUUCACAGGAGGAUGAACCUGAAGGGAUCAUUUCACAUACAACAACAAAUCAUGAGAUUCUGAAUGGGGUCAGCGUUGACUGGGUCACCCAUGAUGUUGCAUCAGCAACUACAGCAACACUACUGUUGCAAGAUUCAAGCGUUGUGGAGGGUCAACCCUAUAUGGACAGUUCUGUUCCUGUUCUCAAGGAGACUGAUUCUAGUUUGGAGGAUUUAAACAAAUCUUCCGAUUCAGUUACAAUUCCCACUGGCCAGAAUGUAGGUCUAUCAACAUUCAAUGAGAGGGAUCAGCUGUUGUUUGGCACACCUAAUGAAAAACAGAAAGCUAUAACUGGGAGGCAAGGCGAGCUUGUGGCUUUCAUGUAUUUUGCUGAAAAAUUUGGUGAGGCAGGUGUGGAGUGGGUUAACAAAGAGGCCGAAACAGGUUUACCCUACGACCUUGUCAUUGGGGUGAAUGGACAGCCCAAAGAGUAUAUUGAAGUGAAGGCAUCCAAAUCUGAGAGCAAGGAUUGGUUCCAGAUAUCAACCAGGGAAUGGCAAUUUGCAGUUGAGAAAGAGGAUUCUUUCAGCAUUGUGCAUGUUGCUCUGGUGGGCUUAAAAAACCCAAGGAUUACAAUCUUUAAGAAUCCUGUAAAACUUUGCAAGAAAGGUGUCCUUCAGUUGGCUGUUUUGAUGCCAAAGCUGCAGGGAAAAAGCUAAUGGGUUUC